AUCUAAGUCAUUGCCAUUUUGACGUUAUGGACAAGUCGUCGUAUCUAUUUAUGAGUAAAAGAAAAAAGCUAAAAUUUUCAUUCAGAGCAAUGGAUAAAAACUCAAGUACUGAUAGCAACAUAUCCGUGGAUAGCUUGGAAGCUCAAUUCAAACUUAAAAAUUUCUUAAAAGGUACGAAGACCGAUGAAAAUGUUGAUACAAUACUCGUGCCAUUUUACGAAAAAGACGUACUCAUAAAGGUACCAAAGGAUCAAAAAAGAAAACAAAAUAAUUCAAGUAAUAAGUAUCUCAGAGCGAAUGAGAAAUUAAAGAAAGAAUUGACGCAAACAAGCUAUUUGGUAAAUAAAGAAAGAGAAGCGAGGCUCAAGCGACCCACCUACCUAGAAAUGUUCCGUAAGCAAUUCACACCCAAUCAUGUUGACAAAAAGAAAGAUAAGAAUGAAAUACGUUCGUUAUCACCAGAAUUUGGUGAUACGGAGAGGGAAAGCAUUGGCGAAGACGCUAAUAAUCCCAUACCAGAGUUCUACAACACGGAGUCUUAUAACGAAAUGUAUUACGAAAAACUUUUGUGUCGUGAUUUACAGAACUACAUAGAUAAUUCUUUUGAAGAACAAGAGGAAGAACUGCGUUUUACUGAAGAUAUGGCGAACAAACCAGAUGACAUACGUGAUCAAAGCCCUGAUAAUCUAAAGAGUGUUUCGGAGGUCACAAAUCCACGUCGUAAUGUUAGAAGAGCAACAAUAGAUCCCAUGCCUAAUGUAAAGCUGGGAGGUUUGGGGCCUGAUUUAGAACAAAUUAAGCCAAGGCUUGAAAGAGCAAGGAGUUUACAAAGAUAUUCAGAGAAAGUAAGAAUGGAAAAUAGAUUGAAGAUUUAUAAAAAGACGUACCAAGCCCAACCCGAGAAGAAAGUUGAAAGAGAAACAUCUGCCAAACACAGGGAGUCACGGAAGGAACAACCUAAGAAAGAACAGGAUGAGGCUGCCCCCACUUAUUUGGUUAACAAAACUGUAAACGAAAAAAGUAACAAACUAAGCAAGAAUCCGUAUUUUAAAUCCAAAUCAGCUGAUGUCCAGAGAAUCAGAGAGAAGAAUGCCGAAAAGGAGAAGGAGAAAGAGAAGGAGAAAGAGAAAGAGAAAGAGAAAGAGAAAGAAAAGGAGAAGGAGCAGAAGCAACUAACUGUGAAAAAGAAAGAGGUAGUGAAUCAGAAACCUGAAGCUAAACAAAAGGUAGAAACCAAACCAGAUAAAAAGCCGCAGAAUGAGGGUAAAGAGGGUAAAGGUAAACAAACGACAAAAUCUAGCUCCAGGAACAUGGGCAUCAAUACUGAGACGGCGGAGGUUGCGCCGGUACAAAUAAGUUUCAUGGUCAACGUGGGAGGUGUUCGUCAGUCAAACGCUUUGAAGUCUCUGGAGGAAAAGCAUAGAAUGUACCAAGAACAAGUGAAAGCCUUCAUGGAAAAUAAUGAAGUUUAAUGUCCUUUAAAUGUUAUGGAAACAGCUUCUCUUUUCAAUUUCAUGUUUAACUGGAGUAUUGUUACAUGUCAAUUUUAAAUAAAUUUUAGCAUUCAA